UGUCACAUCACAAUCAUAGAUAAUGUGUGAUCAGCGAUGAACUGAUGCCCACUUUCACAAUGAACUGCUGAUAAUCAACCUAUCAUUGCGUAAUUCCGUCCCGCAAUUAUUCACCAUUCCAUCAAAGGAAAUGACUUCAACCAAACAUUCAUCAAUAAACAACUUUUAAGUACACCACACUACUCUUACUAUAAUCAGAUACUCCCAGAAAUCAAUCAAAAAUGGCGGAGAUUGGUGAACAAAUACGAAACAAACAGGUAAUUUUCAAGGAUUACAUUAGUGGGUUUCCUAAAGAAUCAGAUUUGUAUGUCAAGAAUGAUAAUACCACAAUCUUGAAGCUUCCAAAAGCUUCCAAUGGGGUCUUGGUCAAAAAUCUGUACUUGUCUGUGGAUCCUUACAUGAGGCUUCUCAUGCAGAAAUUCAAUACUGGUGACGUUUUUACGCCUUAUCAACUUUCUUCGCCAAUUAAAGGAUAUGGAGUAUCCAGAAUUUUGGAGUCAGCCCACCCAAAUUUUAAGGUGGGUGAACUAGUUUGGGGAUCAACUACUUGGGAAGAGUACAGUGUCAUAAGUAACCCUGAAAAUCUUGUCAAAAUUGAACAUACAGAUGUUCCCCUUUCAUUCUAUACAGGAAUUCUUGGUAUGGCCGGAUUGACUGCUUAUGGUGGCUUUUUUGAAGUAUGCUCUCCAAAGAAGGGAGAUUAUGUUUUUGUUUCUUCAGCAUUCGGGGCUGUUGGCCAACUUGUCGGACAAUUCGCCAAGCACAUGGGUUGUUAUGUUGUUGGAAGCGCCGGAAGCCAAGAAAAGGUUAACCUACUUAAGACGAAGUUUGGCUUUGAUGAGGCGUUUAAUUACAAGGAAGAGCCAGAUCUAGAUGCCGCUCUAAAGAGGUUCUUUCCAAAAGGCAUUGAUAUAUACUUUGAGAAUGUCGGGGGCAAGAUGCUCGAUGCUGUACUCCUAAACAUGAAAUUCGAGGGUCGUAUAGCAGUAUGUGGCAUGUUGUCGCAGUACAAUAACCUCGAGAAUUUGGAAGGAGUUAAAAACUUGAUGCAUCUAGUAUUCAAGGCAAUUCGUAUGCAAGGAUUUCAAGUUUACAAGUACUUUCAUCUCUAUCCAAAGAUGCUGGACUUCCUUUUGCCAUUGAUUCGAGAGGAUAAGAUACGGUAUGCUCAAGACAUUGUCGAGAGUCUUGAGAAUGGCCCUGCGGCUUUGGUUGGACUCUUUAAUGGUCGCAAUCUCGGUAAGCAAGUUAUACAAGUUGCUCAUGAAUAGUUUUCACAAGUAUUUUGCAUUAGUUGUUCAUCAAGAUUUUCUUUUAUGAACAAUGAGAGUAAGGUGUGAAUGUAAUUGGAUUUAGAAUGUAUCAUUUUAUAUGCCCAUUCUUAUCAUACUUAUUUAAUGAUAAUAUCCAAAAAUACAACAUUUAGUGAGAAAAAAAAAACUUAUUAUGAUUAUAGCGACAAAA